UUCCUUCGAUCAGGUUCGGUAACUCGCGGCAUGUUCACAGGUGCCCUUCGCUGCAAGAAAAAAACGAAAAGAGACUCUCCUUGACCCAUGAUAAAUCAAAAUGCAGUACGAUUUCAAAGACGAGAAGCAAGCUCAAGAGUACCUCAAAACUCUCGACAUUGAAUACAGAUUUCAGUGUUACAAGGAAAAGGAACCCGAAGGAUGUCAGCGUCUUGCUGAUUUCCUGGAUAGCAUCAGGAAGGACUUCAAGCAGGCAGCCGCUGUAUACAAGACGAACUGUGAGGAGAGCAACUAUGGCGUCAGCUGUUACAAGUACGCCAACUAUAACAUCAUGGGAAGAGGUAUGGAAAAGAACGAAAAAGAGGCAUUGAAGUAUUACAGUAAAGCUUGUGUCCUCGACCAUAUGCCAGCAUGUCACAGUGUGGGCCUGAUUCAUGGGAGCAAGAAGGUCUGUCCUCCCGAUGACAUGGGGGCAGCGUUGAAGAUGUUCACGAAGGCGUGUGACAAGGACUUCCUUCCCAGCUGCUACUACAUCAGCGGCAUGUACAUCAGGGGCAGUGACCAGGUGCCCAAGGACAUGAAGAAAGCGUCCGAGUUCUCCAAGAAGGCAUGUGAAAUGGGGCAUUUGUACGCAUGUUCCAACUUGAGUCAGAUGUACAGGAGGGGAGAGGGUGUGGAGAAGAGCACCAGCUUGGCGGACAAGUUCGAGAAGAAGGCGCAGGAAAUACGGGAUGGUCAGACACGAAAGGAAAGAACUAUAAAAUUUGGUGAAUAGGAGUAUAGUUUUUAUUAGACACAGUUGAUGAUGGAUAACAUGCAUUUUUAAACUUAUUCCUAUCUCACAUUAUGAAUUUCUUACUUUUUCUUUCACCGUCUCCGUGGUCUAGUGGUAGGGUGUCCGGCUGGAGAGCGGAAGGUCCAGGGUUCGAUCCCCGGCCGUGUCAUACCAAAAGACGUUAAAAGAUGGUACUUGUUGUUACCCUGUCUGGCGC